AUUCACAAAUUUUAACAACCACUAUUGUAUCAUAAACAUUAUAAGUAGAAGAACCCAACACACAAAAAACAAAAAAGAUUUGAAAUCUAAAUAUGGCAAUGACAUUGAGCAUGUUACCAGAAGAUUGUGUUUCAACAAUUGUAUCUUUAACAUCUCCACCGGAUGCAUGUAGAUUAAUGCUUGUAUCUUCUUCGUUACAUUCGGCUCUUGAAUCCGAUAUAGUUUGGGCACGAUUCUUGCCAUCCGAUCUCCCUCGUAUUCUUGAAAGAUCACACACUCAAUUGCUCAACUUUUCUUCUAGGAAAGAAUUGUAUUUCCAGCUUUGUGAUUCCAUUUUCAUUGAUGGUGGGCUUAGGAAUUUUUCACUAAACAAACUUAGUGGAAAAAAGUGUUGUGUUUUAUCAGCAAAGGCACUUUCCAUAUCCUUAAGCAAUGAACCAAAUCAUUGGACAUGGACUACUAAUUCUUCAUCACGAUUUUCCGAGGUGAUCGAGCUUAAAACAAUAACCAACUUAGAAAUCGAAGGAAAUAUAAAAACCGAUGAUUUAUCUCCUAACACGAAAUAUGGUGCUUAUCUCAUAAUCAAGGUUUCUGCUUGUGCAUUCGGGUUGGAUUCUAUUCCAUGUGAGAUAUCAAUCUCAAAGAAUGAACGCCCUGUUACCAACACGGUUUAUUUAUGCCCUCUAGAUGACAAAAAAGAACGACUUGAGUCGUUGUUUUUUAUGAACCGGAGGAGAAUGAUGGAGAAACGGGUGAUGGUCGAGGGAGAAGGUCGUCGUCCGAGCAAGAGGGAGGAUGGAUGGAUAGAAAUUGAACUUGGUGAAUUCUUUGUUGGAGAGAAAAGUGAAGAGGUUAAAAUGAGUUUAAUGGAAGUUAAGGGUCAUCAACUAAAAGGGGGACUUAUCAUUGAAGGAAUUGAAAUCAGGCCAAAAUGUUGAUAAAUUAUAAUUCAAACCAUAUAUUAUUCAAAAUCUUUAAGCUAACUUAGUUUAUUAGAUAAAAACAUAUAAGUAGUAAUUAACCAUUUGUUAUUCUAUCGGGAAAGUCAUACCUCAUUCUUUCUUUCUUUUCUUCUAUAAUGUAUUAUAGACGACGUACAAUUCAUUUUAUGAAGAGAAAUAAUGUAUUGUUCUUGAAAAUGUUCUCUUGAUUGACUGAGAGGUAAAAUAAGAAAAACGCAUGAUUCAAAUAUAAAGCAAGCCAUCUUUAAGGUGACUUAGUGGUUAACAUUUUCAAUCGUUUUAUAAGAGGUCUAAGUUACGUUCAAGUUGU